UUUAACUUCAUUGCUUUUCAGUUCACCAGACAGAUAAUUUGAGAAUAUAUUAGCGAAAUGGCAGGAUUGAGGUAUGCAGGAAUUGCGUUGCUGGUGAUAGCCACGACCAUGGCGAUGACCGAGGCCAGAACUAUUGUUGUUGGUGGAUCUGAGAACUGGCGUUUCGGCUACAACUACACGGACUGGACUCUUAAGAACAGUCCCUUCUACAUCAACGAUAAACUUGUGUUCAAGUUUGAUGCACCCCACAACGUGUACUUGCUGCCCAACCUAUAUAGCUACAUCAAGUGCGACUUCAGGGGUGCGAAGCUUCUUGCCGGUGCACCAAAAGGCGCCGGAGAAGGGUUCGAGGUGGUGCUCAACCAAUGGAGGCUCUACUACUUUGCUUCCUCUAACGACAAGGACUGCUCCGAUGGCUUGAUGAAGUUCUUCGCCAUGCCGCUUCCGCGUUGGCAGUGAUUGGGACGAAGAAUCAGGCUGGUUCCGUUUGCUAGUUGAUAAUUGAUAUUGUUUACGCAAUUAUAUAAUUUGAAUAAGAGGUCAUGGUUGAAAUAAAUAUAUGCGGUGAGGGUACUUUAUUGUUUCUUCUACUGCCUAUGUAUUACCCAUGAUUUGCCGUGGAAUAAAAUUUUUACUGCAACUAAAUUUUGUUA